AUGCACGUUGUGAGCGACCUUCAGCGGCGCCCUAAUAAGGGCCGCCUGAACUGCGAGCGGUUUGUCAUUCGCUUUUAUGGCGUUGUCACGGUGGUGCAGCUGGUCUGCUUCCUGGUGUACGUGACGAGUUUUGUGAUAGCCUGCAAGCGCACCUUCGUCCACUCCGUGUGGGCACCGAACCCGCUCGAGUUGGUCCCUGCGCUGCAGGCGAAGUUACAGGGUUGCCCGUUCAAUGAGACGCGGCGCACCCUCUACGCCUUCACGGACGUCCAUCUGCUGCUCUUGCCGGACAACUCAUACAAAAUCUUCGCGGACCACGCCGUUCAGAUGUACUUGGCGGUCUUCUUCAGCGGCUUUGCGCUGCUGAUUGGCCUGGCGAACCGAUGUGCGGUUGAUGUGAACUUUUUCGGCGUCAGUUGGAGGAACUUCACGUUUAGAAAGGACGUUCUCUCGGCGAUUGAGAUUGCGUUGAUCUCCCUCCUGCUGCGGGCGGCCCUCAUGGCGAACGUUACGGGUGCACUUCUUCGGAAAUACCUGCAGAACUGCGGCCUUCGUUCCAUGGCGUACCUGCCCUUCUGCAGCAUCGUGCCGCUGUUUGUGUUCAUCAGUGUCGGGUACUUCACCUACGUUGUUGGCGUUGUCAUGUACCUCUGGAACUCCCUGCCGAAGUACGGUAUCAUGACUGAGGUGGAAACCGCGGCCUACGACCUGUGGCUGCGGAGCCGGCGGAGCCGCAUCAUGGAGGCGAAGCGUGCCGUCCAUGAGGCGAAGCGGGCAAACAUGAGGCUGCAGUGCAUGAUACGCUCGAACGCCAUGCCGCCGACUCACCCAUCAACCUCUCACCCCGGAGCCACAGAAAAUGGUGCGCCCAUGAGCCACAACGCUGAAAGUGCGUUUUUACCGGACUCCACAGCCUUGCACCGCCCGCAGAUGGUAAAUAUGUCGCGCUGCCGUGACACGGUGGCCCAGCAGCAUGCGGGUGCGGAUUUGUCUAUGCAGUCCUUUAACACGCCUUUGUAUGCGUCGAACAUGGGUUGCCCACCGCCCCACGCUGCGCAAAAUUAG